UUAGAGGUGGAGAUUCUUUUACCUCAAGGCUACCCAAGUUCAAUUUACAAUCAAAAUAAACCAUAACGAGUUUACAUAAAAAUAAGGUGAAUAUAAAACAUCCAAAAACUAAGUGAAUAACACAUUACCCGACCCUUCAUACUCAUGCCAAAUUUCAUCGAUACCACCAUGCUUAUGAGUUACAACAUGCUCGUGUCAGGUCACCUCAAUAUUUUUUUUUUUUGGUGUUUAGGGAGCCACAAGGGCGGAAGUGUGAAUCGAUCCGAAUCUCUUAAAAUCGGGAGGGAAGCUAUAACCUCUUGAGCAAUCCAUCACUCUCAGCUCAAUUUAUUACUAGGCCUAUUGCCUAAAUAAGUAAAUAGUCUGUGUGCUAAUCCGACCCAAUUCAUGCCCAACUCGCACGACAAGUCUAGGAGAUUAGGACCACAUCGUGACUACAGUACGGAGUAUGUAAUUUGUGACGACAGUGAAUAUAGACUGAAAGCGAGGCAUAUAUUCAAAGGACAACCACCAUUUCCAAAGAGUGGAACACAAUCGAGAUUAGAAACAAGUGAGAGAAAUUAGCCAUGGCUUCUUUGGUCAACAACGCUUACGCUGCGCUUAGCACUUCCAAAUUGGAGCUUCGUGAAGUUAACAGCCUCACCAAUUUCCGAGUUGGCCUUCCAUCAUCGCUCAGUUGCAAGAAUUUCAGGAAGGUUUCUUCUUCUCCAAUCACCUGUAAAGCUGUUUCUGUUGCGCCUCAAUCCACCAUUGAAGGCCUUAACAUUGCUGAAGAUGUUUCUCAGCUAAUUGGAAAAACUCCAAUGGUGUAUCUCAACAAUGUAUCAAAUGGAUCAGUUGCAAACAUUGCUGCUAAGCUUGAGAGCAUGGAACCCUGCUGCAGUGUGAAGGACAGGAUUGGUUACAGUAUGAUUGAUGAUGCUGAGCAGAAAGGAGUUAUCACAGCUGGAAAGACUACUCUGGUGGAGCCUACGAGUGGGAAUACAGGAAUAGGACUUGCAUUUAUAGCUGCUGCAAGAGGAUACAAGAUUAUCUUGACAAUGCCAUCAUCCAUGAGUAUGGAAAGGAGAGUUAUCUUGAAAGCCUUCGGAGCUGAGUUGGUCUUGACUGAUCCAGCUAAGGGUAUGAAGGGUGCAGUUGAGAAGGCUGAAGAGAUUUUGAAGAAUACUCCUGAUUCCUACAUGCUUCAGCAGUUUGACAAUCCUGCAAAUCCCAAGAUACAUUAUGAGACAACAGGUCCGGAGAUCUGGGAAGACACUAAAGGUAAAGUGGACAUUUUUGUUGCGGGCAUUGGAACUGGAGGUACAAUUUCUGGAGUUGGGCGGUACCUCAAAGAACGCAAGCCUGGUGUCCAGGUCAUUGGUAUAGAACCUACAGAAAGCAACAUACUUUCGGGUGGCAAGCCAGGUCCGCACAAGAUUCAAGGACUUGGAGCUGGUUUUGUUCCCAGCAAUUUAGAUUUGGGUGUGAUGGAUGAAGUUAUAGAGGUAUCCAGUGAAGAAGCUAUUGAAACUGCAAAGCAAUUAGCAAUGAAAGAAGGCUUGCUGGUUGGCAUUUCCUCUGGAGCGGCAGCAGCUGCUGCAGUCAAGGUUGGUAAAAGACCUGAAAAUGCAGGAAAACUUAUAGCUGUUGUGUUUCCAAGUUUUGGUGAGCGAUACCUGUCAUCCAUUUUGUUCCAGUCUAUUCGUGAAGAGUGUGAAAACAUGAAGCCAGAGUAAUGAGGAGUCAUUUCUUAAUUGAAAUUGCAGCCUAUUGUUAGAAUGUUCGCUUAAUUUCCAGGUUCUAGCCUCGUGCUUGCUUGUUGCAUUCUUUUGAUCCAAUUGGAUAUUUGGAACCCAGAAUGGUCUGUGUUUUCUCUUUUUAUUAGUUGACAUACAAUGAGUAAUAAAAGUAUGUAAAUCAGAACAGCAGAUGAUGGUUUAAUUUCAAAAGCCAACAAUUUUUUUCUAAUACCCUAUGUAUGCUCUUUUUACCCCUCUUAUUUUGCCUCGUACUGGUUGCCCUUAA